AUGGGGUCAAGAGCUGGCAAUGCUUUGGCCAAGGUUCUCGGCAUCAAACUGCCCGAGCCUGGGGAAACGGAAGAACUGCUACGUGAAGAGUCGGUCCUCUCCACCGGCAGCUUCGCUGAAGAACCCCCAACAUCGGCGGAGUGGCUUCGAGAACUUGUGCCUGAUCGCACAGCUUGCGUAAACUACGUCACGUCCCUCUUCCCCUUCGUCAACUGGGUCGGAUAUUAUAACCUCAAAUGGUUUACCGGGGACUUGGUUGCCGGUAUUACUGUUGGCGCCGUCGUCGUACCUCAGGGCAUGGCCUACGCCAUCCUAGCCAACCUCGCCUCUGAAUUCGGCUUGUAUUCCUCCUUCAUGGGCGUCAUAAUAUAUUGCUCUGACGCUCCCCUCCGGCCCGUCGCUGUGCUCUCAACUGUCGUCGGAAAUAUUGUUGCCCGCACCCGGGACCAGUUCCCCCAGUAUGAGCCACAUCACAUAGCGUCAGCUGUGGCCAUCGUAUCGGGAUCCAUUGUUCUUUUUAUCGGUCUGGUUCGCCUCGGAUGGAUGAUCGAUAUCAUUCCCUUGACGUCCCUCCCGGCUUUCAUGACCGGAUCGGCCAUUACCAUCCCCGUGGGUCAGAUACCAUCCAUGAUGGGCAUGACGGAGUUUCCCACCAGAGAGGCCCCUUAUCUCGUCAUUAUCAACAUACCAAAACACUUGGGCGACAGCAAGAUUGACGCAGCUAUGGGCCUGACCGCUCUAUCGCUCCUGUACGUGAUACGAGCAGCUUGUUCCUACGCAGCUCGCCGGUGGCCCGCCCGUCAAUGGACCUUCUUCUUCCUUUCCACUCUCCGCACCGCAUUUGUGAUUAUGUUGUACACCAUGAUUAGCUGGCUCGUCAACAGGACCAGGCGAGGCGAUCCCUUAUUUAAGAUACUGGGAGAGGUGCCCCGAGGCUUCCAAGACGCUGGUGUUCCUAAGAUCGACACCACCCUUAUUCGUUCUUUUGCCUCGGACCUGCCAGCCACCGUCAUCGUCCUGGUGAUUAAGCAUAUCCCCAUCUCGAAGUCCUUCGGAAGGGUGAACAACUACACCAUCGACCCGUCGCAGGAGUUUGUAGCUAUCGGUGUCACCAACGUCUUAGCUCCCUUCCUGGGCGGAUAUCCUUCGACCGUCUCCUUUAGUCGUACGGCGAUCAAAUCGAAGGCAGGAGUCAGGACACCUUUUGCCGGAGUGAUCACGUGUAUAGUCGUCCUGCUAGCUAUUCAUGCCCUGACGUCCGUGUUCUUCUAUAUUCCCAACGCUUCUCUAUCCGCCGUUAUCAUUCAUACAGUGGGUGACCUGAUCACUCCUCCUGACACGGUAUAUCGAUUCUGGCUCGUCUCGCCCUUAGAAGUGUUUAUGUUCUUCCUUGGUGUCCUCGUCACCGUUUUCUCUUCCAUUAAGGACGACAUAUAUGCGACGCGGAUCCUCCGAGGCAGGGGUCGAUUUCUUGGAAAGGUCAAAAUCCAUUCGGUAAUCGGAGACCAUAUCAUCGGGGAAGACCACCGCGAAAUCCUGGGGAAAUAUGGGACCUUUGACGCCGAUGCCAGGAAAACUGCCGCCCGUAACGUAUUCCUGCCCAUCGACCACGGAGACGGGUCCAACCCGCAGGUGGAGGUCGACAACCCCUACCCGGGCAUCUUCAUCUACCGGUUCUUGGAAGGGUUCAACUAUCCCAACGCAGCGCACUCGCUCGAGUACCUAUGCGAAUAUAUUUUCAAGCGCACGCACCGCACCGAUAUGGAGACGCACGAGAAGCUGGGCGACCCCUCGAAGGCCGCAGCGGAGCGUCAUGCCGCCGAGGGCCGACCGACUCUCAAAGCCGUCACCCUCGACUUCAGCUCCGUCAAUAACAUCGACAUCACGUCUGUCCAACGGCUCAUUGACGUCCGUAAUCAGCUCGACCGCUACGCGGCGCCCGACGUGGUCGACUGGCACUUCGCGUGCAUCAACAACCGCUGGACGAAGCGGGCGCUCGCCGCCGCAGGAUUCGGGUACAGGACGGUGCACGAAACGAAUGCCGACCAGCGCCACCCGCCGCGCAGGCGGAAGUCCAUCUUUAGCGUAGCCGAGAUUGGAGGUUCCGACUCGGCCGCCGCGAUGGCGGAGAAGGAAGAGGGCCGCAUAGACCGGAUAACCGACGCCAUCUUCGAUGACGGCCGUGGCGGGGUCAGUGCCGCGGGCGGACGCGACGCGUACGGAGAACAAAUGGAAGCUAUAGUCCAGCGGAAGGGGGUUGCGGUGGCGGGGGUGAACCGGCCGCUUUUCCACGUCGACUUGACGAACGCACUGCAAAGCGCGAUUGCGAAUGUGGAAGCAAGGGAAGGAGAGGAUAUGGAAGAAGGCAAGAUGCCGAGUCCCUGA